CAGUGUGUGGCCGUUACUAAGCAACCGCGAGUUAGCAGCAGCAAACCAGAGAUAGAGGAAGAAAGCUACCAAAAUCAAGCCUCUGAAUUUAAGAUGUUAUUCUGUAUCUCUGGAUAAUUAUUCAGAUUUCUGGCUCUGCUUCUUCACUGUUGCUUAAUUUCGGUUUACCAGCGAUAAGCAAGGCAACAAAACGAUGUCAACACAAGAGCAACAAGCUAACAUCGGCAAAGUUCUCAGCUUUCUUCGGGAAUGGGACCGCGGUGACAUGAGGGUCCGCGGUCGCAUGUUGAGCACCUUUGUGACUCAAAACACGGGGAAGACGUUUUAUGAGCUGGAGCUGGAGUUUGCGCAGGUCGCCAGUCUCUUCCUAGCUCGACUUACCACAUGGAUGAAGCUCACAUACAUGUUAGGCACCUUCCUGGGACUUCAGCUGAAAGCACUUGGGAUUUUCCUGUCUGCUUCUUGUCAUGAUCAGUAUCUGAUGAACUUCCUGGAGGAUGGGGGAGUUCUCACUCUGCUGGACAUUUUGAGCCACUCUCAGAGCAAAGAUGAUGACAAGGCCGGAGCCAUCAAACUUCUACUCACUGUCUCAAAAGCAGGUCGCAAGUACAAGGAGAUCAUCUGUGAAAGUCACGGUGUUAAAGUCAUAGGCGAGUGCCUGUCCACAUCAAACAGAGAUGAAACCAAAGAGGCAGCGUCGGUCCUUUUGGAGUCCCUGUCCCACGGAAAUCCCAGAUAUCAGGACCAAGUCUACAAAUAUCUGAUUACCUGCAUGACUUGUAGCUCACCUAAAUCCCUGCAGCUUAUUCUGCACACCUUAUGUAUCAUCCAGCGAAAAAUGAAAACAGCCCAUUACAGCAUUGUAGAGCCUCUGCUUAACACACUCAGAUCCCUACACCUGGAAGUUCAGGAUGAAGCCAUUAAACUCAUCUUAGACCUGAAGCAUUAUGAUGUGAAGGCAGUUCUACUGACUGGUUUGGUGGCUCUACUGAGGCCUAUUAAAGAAAAAGAACACCAGCAUCAAAUCAGCAAAGAUUCAGAGAUGACUGAGAUGACUGGAUCUUUCCCUGUACUUGUACAGCAAGCUGCUGCAGCUAAAACAAUACGGUUGCUGGCUGAGGAAGAUCAAGAGCUUUCUCGUGAGCUGCUCUCUCUUGGAGUGAUCCAGCAUCUUCUGCACACUAUGGGCAACAGAGAACAUCCUGAUGGCCAAAUACAAGCCAGUCUAACGUUAGAGUACUUUGUCGUCUCCUUCCCUGUUGUUGAGGACCAAGUGCAGAGAGUGAUGGGCAGCGCUCUGUUUGCAGAGUUCAAAAACAAAGCUGACACUGUAUACAUGAACAUAAAUGAAACAGAAGCAGAAAUGCUGCUAACAAAUCAGAUUAACAUGUCACAAGUUUUAAAUGGUAACAAGUCUGACAGCUGACCAGAGGAAAAAUUGUUUCAUAAACGGAUAUAAAUAAGGUUUUUAGAAAUGUUUGUAUUAAUACCUAUAACCUGUUCUACCAUUUGUUUUUGUAUUAAGAAAAAAUAUUCUAUCUAUCACUAGAAAAAUGGGAAGUUCAGUCAUUUAUAUUAAUAUAGCGAGAAAUGGCUCGGACAAUGGAAGCUCUGUCAUAGUUUUGGGGCUUCUUCUCAAAUAA